AAAAGUCAGUCGCGCUCGACGGUUUCCGCGGAUGGUUGGUGCCGAAUUGCAGCGAUUUGUUUACGUUUUUCCUUUCCAAAUGGGUGAUUUGUGAUGUGGAUUUUCGUGAUGUGGCCUCGGACCGUUCUUAUGGAUUAUAUUUUUCUCCUCGCUCUGAUCGGAUUUUGUGGAGGCGCCAUCAUGGGAGACGAGUGCGACUGGACCGGGAGCGGAUUGAGCUCUUCGUCGACGGGCAGAGGCGUCACUCCCGUCUACCUGCGCUGCUCGGCCGGCAGAGUGACCUGGCUGUACCCCCGAGGGGCACUCAGGGUCCUCCUCCGUCUCCCGGGACAAGACCGCGAAUUCCGAGCCUGCAUCAAGGUCCAUCCCGACGAAAAGAAAGAACCGGCGGCGAGGCUCUUCCUCGAAGGGCCCCGCUCGCUGCUACCGCUCUACGCGGACUCGGCCAAUAAAGCCAUCAGGUGCUUCAUCAGUAAGAACGGCCAAGCGGCCAUCUACGUGGAAGCCACCGAUGUGGACGCCAUCACCAAGAGAAUCGCCGAAAUCGAAUAUGAUCUCCAAGCGUUGCCCAAAGGUGUCAAGGGGUUCGACCCCACAGAAGAAUGUCGACCAUGUACUAACGAGGAAUUGGCGCACGCAUUCUGCACCAGUGAUCUCGUAACUCGUGGGAUCAUCCACGGCGUGGAGAACCACGAGGACCUGGAGAUCUCCCAAAUGUCGGUCAAAGUGACAAAACUUAUCCGGCACACCUUCGAUGAUGCCUUCACCAUCGACACCAACUCCAUUCCUGAGGACACUCCUCUGGAGAAAAUCACCCUCCACGUGGCCCAGCAUUGUGGAGUUUCGCACGGUUUGGGCGAAUUCGUCUUCAUGGCACGCCGAAAGCUCGGCGAUUUGACCCUCCAGUGCGCCCCCCGACUAGAAGAUUGGGCUCUUCUAGUUAACCAGCUGUCCGAAGAGGGCAAGGCUCACUGCGUCCUGCGAAGUUAGCCCCACCAAAGUAACUUAAGUGCGCUGCUGUGAUUUGUACAUAGGAAAGACUUGAAUGCGACGGUGCUUAGCGAAAAACUCGAGCCAGAUUGGGACUACUGUGCAAUGUGCAAUUGUUGAAGACCGUCCCAGAAGGAUUUCUCUGGUUUUAGUGUACAUAGAUGUGCUCCACAUUGGAGCUUCACGGUCUCUUUUUUUAUAAAACGAGGUUCCAUAAUUGAAUUCUUGGUGCCAAAAUAGAGCCGCUUAAAACUAAUCUACUUUCUGUUUGUACUUGUAAUUACUACUUUUAGUUUUUUCUUAAUGUGUACAUAAAGUAUUGAUUGGAUCUCACAUUAGAAUGUGUUACAAAUGCAAUCAAGUGAAAUCUUAUUAUUGUUCCUAUAGUACUGCAAAAUCGUGAUAAGAUUUCGUUUCAUUGCACUUUUAUUAUUAUAGAUUUUAAUACAUCUGUUGCUUAAGAACACGAAUGCCAUAAUCGUCUUCUGCGUAGACAGAGAGCGCUGUGAUAUGUAAAAUAUAUUUUUAUUGAAUUGUAUUGUUUGCAAAGAAAUAUAUGAAUUUUAAAUUUUA